AUGUUCAAACGGCUCUUCGCGCUAAGUGGUUCGGCACUCCUCUUCUUCUGGAAGCCGGGUACGCUCGAGUUGUUGUCCAAAGAAGAGCCACGCCUUUUCUGGAGCUUCAUUCACGCUUGGCUCCAUGCUGAUCACGGCGACGCUCAUUCUCAUUCCGCCAAAAGUUGCGUAAACAAAAUUCUGCAACAUUCGCGCCCUCUUUUGAAAGAGCCACUGGCGUCGUUGUUUGAGUUCUCUCUUAUUCUCAGAUCAGCUUCCCCUGCUCUCGUGCUUUACCGCCAGUUAGCUCUCGAUUCUCUUUCGUCUCACGGCCACGCUGAAAUUAACAAACUAGACCCUUUGCAUGUUGGGGUAAGCCUCCAGAGCCCCGGAGGAAAGUGUUGUUGGGUGGACACUGGUGACAGUUUGUUUUUCGAUGUACCUGAACUGCUCCUGUGGCUUCAAAUCCCUCAGAAGCAGGUGGGUGGUUCUAUUCAGGGACCGCAACUGUUUGAUUUUGAUCAUGUUCAUUUUGAUUCGAGUGUUGGGAGUCCAUUUGUUAUACUUUAUGGCGCACUUGGGACGGUUUGCUUUAAGGAGUUUCAUGCUGCUCUGGUUGGAGCUGCUCAACAGGGAAAAAUUAAUUAUGUAUUGAGACCAGUGUUGCCAGCUGGAUGUGAAGCAAAUUUUGGCCACUGUGGCUCUGUUGGUGCAAGCGAGUCAGUAAACUUGGGUGGUUAUGGUGUGGAACUUGUUUUUAAGAAUAUGGAAUAUAAGGCCAUGGACGACAGUGUGACUUUGGAGGAUCCUCACACUGAAGAUCUUAGCCAAGAAGUCAGAGGAUUCAUAUUCUCUAAAAUUCUGGAGCGGAAACCUGAGUUAACAUAUGAGAUCAUGACUUUUAGGGAUUAUCUAUUGUCAUCAACUGUAUCAGAUACACUUGAUGUUUGGGAACUGAAAGAUCUAGGGCAUCAAACUGUACAGAGAAUAGUCCGUGCCUCUGAUCCACUACAGUCAAUGCAGGAUAUAAAUCAAAAUUUCCCUAACAUAGUUUCUUCUUUGUCUCGCAUGAAGCUUGACGAUUCUGUCCGAGAUGAAAUAAUGGCUAACCAGCGGAUGAUCCCACCUGGCAAGUCUUUAAUGGCUAUCAAUGGUGCUUUAGUCAAUGUUGAAGAUGUUGACCUUUAUCUGUAA